UCCUCAUCCAAUUGAGCCCAACCGAUAAAUCCAAUAAAGAAGCAAAACAUGGGCCGGCCUUGCAGUUCUCCAAACGUAACCCGUGCCGUCCAUACAGAUUCUCUCUCAUAGACGGUAACUCACGUCUGAACUCGGACGGAAAUCAAUCCACCAAAAGCACCGCCAGAGUUUCACUUCCCCCGGAGAAGCAUCGCAAGAUCGCCGGAGCUUCAGAUUUACGCUUUCUUCCGGUGGGCGAGAUCGAAUCGGCAAUGGGGUUUCUGGUCACGACCCUAAUAUUCAUUGUGGCGGGGAUCAUUGCUUCUCUGUGUACCAGAAUCUGCUGCAACAGAGGACCUUCUACGAAUUUGUUCCACCUAACAUUGGUUAUUACUGCAACAGUUUGCUGCUGGAUGAUGUGGGCAAUUGUAUAUCUCGCGCAGAUGAAACCUCUUAUAGUCCCGAUUCUGAGCGAAGGGGAGUAAGGUGCAUGCCAAAGUCCAAACUGACCUGCCUUGGGAAAUUUACUUUAUGGAUUCUGGCAUAGUCAGUGGACAAUCUCUCAUUUCUGAUCUUGUUGAUCGUUCCAUACCUUUUUAUGUAGGAAUUGUAUGUAAUUGUUAUUUGUACGAAGACCUCGGGAUUUGUUGAAUUUUGUUGUCUCUCUCUCUACUUGUUUUGAAUCCAGGGAAGCUCCCUCUUAUUCAAUUUUUAACGCUAAAAUUAUGAAGCUUGUAAUUCAAUUGUAACAGCAGAUUGGAAAUAAAUAUAUUUGUUGCUCGCUCU